CCCCGCGGCGCCUCCGGCGCCGUCCUCUACUACUACCAAUCGGGAGGAAGACUCCGGCGGCCGCCCGACGUCCCCUUGGAUGUCUUCUUGGAAGAGUUACGCUUCUACCAGUUGGGGGCCGAAGCCGAAGGAAGACUCCGCGAGGCCGAAGGUUUCGGGGUGGAGGCGCCGCAGCCUUUGCCCGGCGGAAGGUUACAGCGGCGAGCGUGGUUGUUGUGCGAGCACCCCGAGAGCUCGCCGGCCGCCCGCGCCGUGGCCUUGCUCUCCGUCCUCGUCAUCCUCGUCUCCAUCGUGGUUUUCUGCUUGGAGACCCUGCCCCAGUUUCGGGCUGGAGGGGAGGGGGCGGCUCAGAGCCCACCACCACCCAUCUCCACCGCCGUCAACGCCUCCUCCCCGCCGUCCUCCCGGGCCGGUUUGACCGAUCCUUUCUUUGUGGUGGAAACCAUCUGCAUCUGCUGGUUCUCCUUGGAGCUCCUGGUCCGGCUUUUGGCCAGCCCGAGCAAAUCCGCCUUCUUCCGCAACGCCAUGAACCUCAUCGACUUGAUCGCCAUCGUCCCUUACUUCGUCGCUUUGGGGACCGAGCUGGCCCGUCAACGCGGCGUCGCCCAACCCGCCAUGUCCUUGGCCAUCCUUCGCGUCAUCCGCUUGGUGCGGGUUUUCCGGGUCUUCAAAUUAUCCCGGCAUUCCACGGGUUUACAGAUUUUAGGCCAAACUCUUCGCGCCAGCAUGAGGGAGUUGGGUUUGCUCAUCUUCUUCCUCCUCAUCGGCGUCGUCCUCUUCUCCAGCGCCGUCUACUUCGCCGAGGCCGAAGACGCCGCCACGUCCUUCACCUCCAUCCCUCAGGCGUUUUGGUGGGCCGUGGUCACCAUGACGACGGUGGGCUACGGUGACAUGGCGCCCGUCACCGUCGGGGGGAAGCUGGUGGGGUCCCUCUGCGCCAUCGCCGGGGUCCUCACCAUCUCCUUGCCCGUCCCCGUCAUCGAGAAAUGA